AUUUUCUAUUUCUAAAUAUAAAUGUUAAAAUAUAAUUGUCUAGUCAGAACAGACAUCCAGAAAGGACACAUUUUGUUUGAAAUCUAAAACAAACUUUGUGCUUGGUGGUUUCGAGUGACUUUUCCCCACAAAUAUGCAAUGUGGCGGCUUUGAAAUACGAUUCACAUUCACACAAAAGCUCAUGAGUCUGUGGUGGUGGUGGGGGGAUUAUUGUUAGUGGAUUAAGAAACACGAAUCACUGAAGUUCAAGGUGAACUCAUUCAAAGAAGGCAUCUGAUAAGGCCGAUUAAAAAGCAAACAGCACUCCCUCACAAUCACAACCUCUGAUUUGUUAACAGAGAUUAUCCAUUGACUCGUGUACAAGAAAGUGAUGGCUCUUUAUUAUAAAUGCUCAACUCUCAAAUGUGCUGAUCUUCACCAUUUCAUGUGAACUUAGAGAAGACACAAGUUUAAUACAACAUGUUUAAAACACUCACUUUAGAUAGAGGCUUCUUUAUCCACUGAAAUAAAUAAUGAACAAAACAAAAAUACAAUCUUUUUAACAUUUUAGACUCAGGUCAUCUUCUGUUUUCUUAUGCACGUUUCUUAUGUCACCCAAAGUUCAAACAGAGCAUCAGAUCCUAAUGAAAGUUUGGCUGAAAUAAGUAUUUUUAUUUAAGGCAGCUUGCUCUUUGACCAAAACAAAGGACAGAAAAGCAAAAAAGAAACGAAAAGUAUGACAAGCCCAUGUGGACUUUAAUGGUUUAAGGGAUUUAGUACUUUCUUUAUCGCCUGUGAUUCAGUCAGUAAAAAACAUCCAUGUUAUAAACAAACACCUUCAAAGAACAUGUGUGGAUGUCCUAAAGAAAUAAGUCUUCCCACAUUUUAGUGCAGCGUCGUAUUAAAUAUUAAAAUACGUUCUGUCAAAGGCAAAUGCUUAAAAAAUGGCAACUUCUUUUUAUAAAAAACAGGAAUAUUUAAAAAACAUAGUCAACCUCCUUGUUUUUACUUUUUAAAUUUAUUUAAUUUGGUAGCAUAGUUUGAUUUAAAGAUAAAAACAAUAUGAAAUUCAUGAAUGAAAUUUGUACACAUGUAAAUGUAUAUAUUUAUACUGUUUCUUUGCAGUAUUUAUGUUUUUGCCUUUUAUUAUUGUCCUUUUAUUAUGCACUUACUAUGAUGGUGACCUUGAAUUUUGUCAUGUGUCUGUAAAAUGACAAUAAAGCAUUCCAUAUUAUUCUAUUCUAUUCUAUUCUAUUCUAUUCUAUUCUAUUCUACUCAACUUAACCUGGAAAAAAUAAGAUAAAAAAUAAAAUAAGUUGAAAAUAUAAAUAAAAAUAAAAUUAAACAUAAAAAAAAUGCUUUAAAUGCUGCAUUUGUGUGGCGUUGGAAUGAUCAGAAAAAUGACCGUCCGACUCAGUAAACACACAUCAGAGAAAUGAUAAAUCUUUUAAUACCACAUGUAUGCAUAAUAACUUUAUGCAUCUAAACUAAACUCAAUUUAUUUCUAGUGCGCCCUCUAUAGGAGCCCACCAGAAUUACAGGAAAAGAAAACAUUAAUAAGGGAAAUCAAUAUAAUUUAUUCCAGUUUGACAGGUCAGACUAAAUAGUUUGGUGUGCCUCAGGGCCGUUAUGUUCCCCACCCUGUGCUAAAAUCUAAGUAUAUUCAGAACUUGCUUUAAUGUAAAACUUUAGACACGAUGUGUUGCAGGAGGUUUUUACCAGCAUAUUUAAUGUCCUAAAUCUCAAAUUCUUACCAAUCUCAAAUUUACCCAACCAACCUCAAAACUCUCCCUCUGUGUGCAUGCUCUGUAAAUGUUUACACCUGCUGACAUAAUCAUUUACUUUAGAUUUGUAGCUUAGACUGUCAUGGGAGGGCAACGAGAGGGGCCAGAGAGGCAUUGCUGCACAAAAGGCGGGGAACUUUCCUGGGAUGGUAAUCUCAUCCGGGAUUUCCUGUGGUUGAUUCACAUAGUCAUGUGACAGCGAGGAGGAGUGACGCUUUAAACAAACACAGAUUACAAGGCUGUGGGAGGAGACAACUUCUAUCUAGUUUUCAGUAACAACUACAGAAUUGUACAGACACGUGCCCUCUCUUACUUUCAGUUCCUUGCAGAGCGACCAAUUCCUCUAAACCUACUGCGGCUUUGGUGGUUUUUAUUGCUAUCAGUGGGAUUUCCAAUGAGGGGAUUCCACAAAUCAGAUGAUUUAUGUGGAGUUGGUAUCAUUUUUUCCCCCAAAUUUGUCUCUUUAUUUCUUGUAACUCUAAUUUUAAUUUUUUACAUUGCAAUCAUGUAUGAUAUGUCAAAACUAACACGGACACAAAACAUUUUCUUUAUUAAAAAAUGGAAAAAUCAUCUCAGAAAAUUUGUUGCAUUAAUACACAAAUGCUUAUUUAAAAAAAGUCAGCAAAAAAAGUUAAAAAUUGAUGAAAAAUCUACAAUAGUGGAUCAAGUAUCGUCCAGCUUUUGGUUUGUUCUGCUUCUCUAAAAUGUUUAAUAAAAAUAAAAAAAUGUAUAAAUGACAUUAACUGGAACAUUAAUUGAUCUCAUGUCUGCUCUGUGCUUUGUUUUAGGUAAAUUUCCAAGGCUUGGUCAUUCCCUCAGUCCCACCUCUUUUGCGUUCAUGUGAUUCAUGUUUGUGUUUUCAAAUUGCACGUGGUGCCCUGUCUUUAAAGCAGCAAACACACCCACUGAUAUGCAGUUUGACUUAAAGACGAGUGCCUCAGUGCAGCUCAGAGCAGAAGGAGAUUUAUGAAUUGUUGUUCAAGAUGGGGAAAAGAAGAAUUUGGAACAAACGGAAGAAUUCUGGUGGUUCAGUUACAGCUCAUAAGUGCAGGUGUCACUGCCUCGGACCUCUGACUUUUUAUGGCCAGGCUGCUGGAGACCGGAUCCACCUGAGCUCGGACGGUCUGCAGGCUGAGAGGAGAGGCGACACGUUCAGAGGUGGCGUGGUGUUCACUAGUCGCCCGGUGAGGGUCCGGGAGAGGAUUCGUGUUCGAGUGCAGAAGGAUGACGUGUUUAGAUGGCAAGGCGCCAUGCGAGUCGGCUUCACCAGCGUCCCACCUUCGGACAGAUCUUUACCUUUGCCUGAGAUGGCCAUCCCGAAUCUCACUAACAAGCGGGGCCACUGGGCUGUUCCUGUGCCUGAGUACCAGUGUUCUGCAGGUUCAGAGCUGGUGUUCUGGGUCUCUGCUGGUGGAAGCGUAUACUUAGAAAGCAGCAACACCAGACGGAAACUGCUCUCAGGAGUGGACCUCAGUCAGCCCCUCUGGGCCAUGAUCGACAUCUAUGGACAGACACGAUCCAUUCGUCUGCUUGGCUCUGAGAUGAAAGGAUUGUUUUAUAGAAGAAAGUCCUGUCCUGUUUCUGCACCUGAGCUUCCCAUCUCACCUGAUCGAGGCUGCAACUUGAAUGCUAACGCUUCAACAUCUGGACAAGCUGAUGAGUGCAUCUCCUGCCUUGAUACGGACAUGUCAGCAGAUGAAACAUGUGUUGUGUGCAUGCAGAGAGCAGUCAAAAGUGCACUGCCCUGUGGCCACAAGUGUUUGUGUUACCAAUGCACCUCCAGAGUCUCGCUGCAAGUCUUGCUGCAGUUUGGAACCUGCCCGCUGUGUCGAGAGAACAUCCGAUUGAGGGCAGGCCAGGAAAUCCUGACAUGA